AUGCUGAUCAAUCUUGACAAUCAAUUAGAAUCAAACAUACCUCUCUUACCUCCUGCCAAACAACCGACUACCCGACCUUCUUACGGUACUCACGCCGCACUUGAAUCAGGUGCAUUCUCAUACGACGACGAAUAUUACGAAGGUGAGGAGGAUAUCGAUAUCGAGGAGGAAAUAGCAAAACUUGAAGAGGAAUAUUUGUCUGCUGAAGAAGAGGAGAUCGAUUUUCAAAUGGGCGAGUGA